CUCUCAGCAGAGGAUGUGUCUGGGAGAGAGAGUGUGUGUGAGGGAAGAGAGGAAAGCCGUCAAUAGAAUGGAUAUGUGCUCUCUCUCCUCCACCCUUUCUGCUUCUUCUUCUUCUUCUUCUUCUCCUCCUCCUCCUCCUCCUCUCUGUCAUCUCUGUCUUUCCUCACCCUCCUCUGCUGGCGUCGCACCCUGGGCAACCUCAGCGCCGGGCCUCGGGGUAAAGGAGACUCGUUGGGUGGAAGGGCGGCUGAAAACUGAACUUCAAUGUCCGCAGGGGAUCAGAAGAAUGGUGGUGACAAACCAGAAGGCACAGUGGCAGUGGCAGAGGUAUGGCCAGAGGUGGAAAGGGCGGAGUGUUUGGCCCGUGGCGCUGCCUUGAAGUGGGCGUCAGGUGUUUUCUGUCGACCUGAACAUCUGGAACGACUGAGCCAGUACAAGAAGAGAGAGAGCCAGAGGACGUCCUCCGUACACACCAGACUCAAGUCCAUGGUGCAGUCAUAUCUGGAGGGGGUGGGCUGGGGUCUGGAGCAGCUCCGGGAGGCCAGGGUGGAGCUGAAGGACGUGUCACAUGCUUUGAGGAAGGCUGGGCUGGAGUCUAAUCGAAACGGAGAGGGGGUGAAAUCUCUGGAGAGGCUGCGAGAAGUGUCAGUCAACCACUGUCAGCUCCUCGCCGCUGUCAGCAACCUGCCACGGCUUUACUCUGUGCGGAGUAUGGUGUUGGAGACCGAGCGUCUGGUGGAGUCCCGUCGGCUCCUGGAGGCACACGCCCGCCUCAUGGAUCUGGAGUGCUGGCAGGAUGACAUCCUCUGGCAGCUCCAAGGGUCUGCUGGGACAGCAGGAGGUGCGCUUAGCCCUGAAGACCAGGAACUGGUGACCAAAUACUUCUCCGGUGUUGGGCAGCUGGUAGAGGCUCUGGGUAAGGAACUGUGGGCGGUGGUGAGCAGUGCUCUGGCUCUGGCCCGCCAAAACCCCACGCCCUUUGUGUCAGCAGUGAGGAUCGUGGAGCGAGAGGAGGCCCUGGACCGAGCUCUGCUGGAGGAGAGAGGGGGGAGCAGCAGACCUCUUCCCCUUGGACGACCUCGCUGCUGGAGAGCAUGUUUCUUCCAGGUACUAGAUGAGGCGGUGUCUGCUCGGUUUCGCAGCGUGUCCUACCUGCACACGCGAGGUCCGGGCCUGGCGGGCCACCUCUCUGCUCUCCAGCACGGUAUCAUGGCUGAUCUGGCCACCGUACGGCACCUGCUGGAGCACUGCGUCCCUCCACACUACCGUCUAACUGGAGCUUACCUGAGGGCCAGCCACCGCUGUUUACAUGCCCACCUGGCACAGGUUAGCAGCUGGGACUUGGAGAGUGGUGAAAUCUUCGCUGUGCUCAACUGGGUGCUUCACAUCUACAACAGCCCAGACAUGAUGGGUCCACCGGAGCUGGUCGCUGAGAUGGAGAAAGAAGAGCUGGGACCUCUUAUCUCCACUGAGGGACUGGAGCAGCUGCAAAACAAAUACGUACAGAGUGUGCGGAAGAGUGUGUCGGAGUGGAUGCACAAAGCUCUGCAGGUGGAGCUGCAAGACUGGCAGAGAGACCAGGAGCCGGAUACAGACCAUGAAGGUUUCUACCAAACCAGUCUGCCCACUAUCAUUACACAGAUGCUGGAGGAGAACGCCCGGGUGGCUCUGAUGAUCGGAGAAUCCCUGCGAGACCAGACCAUACAGAUGGGACUGUAUGAGAUGGAGAACCUCCUGAACAGGUUUCGAGAAGCUCUGGUGGAGUUCGGGAAGGAGCAUCGCAAAAAUCCAAGCAACAACAACAACAAGUUCUACCUCCACUAUCUGCUGGCCUCCAUCAGCAACUGCAUCAUCCUCAAGAAGUCCACAGAGAGCCUGCAGCAGCAGCAGUCGUCACGGUCGGCGGCCCAGUUCUCUCGGACUCCCCCCAACCCGUUGGCAGCUCUGGACCGGGCAGUGAGGCGUGCGUGUCGCCUGGUGAUGGAUCAGCUCCUGCUGGACCUCCAGCCUCUCCUCCCAGGCUUGCUUACCCGACUCUGGCUGGUCCAGGGAGACCCCACACCCAAACUCUGCCGCGUCCUGGAAUGUCACCUGGAGCUGUACGGCCGCGUUCGACCCCCCUGCCGGCAGCGCCUGCAGGAGGAGGCUCAGUGGCUGAUGGUGGUGGAGUACGUCCGGGCUAUGAUGCAGAAGAGGCUGGUGUGCCGCAGCGGUGAGGAGAGGAGGCUGCUCGCUCAGCAGAUGGUUCAGGACGACCAGCAGUUCAGAGAAAUCUUCCAUGGCCUGGAGGGUGAGGGGUCAGUACCUGAAGUGAACCCUUUGGCCUUACUUCCUGUCCUGGCUGACUUCAUCCAACUCAAAGACCCUGCCAUGCUCCCUCUAGAAGUGUCAGGAUUAGCAGCCAAAUACCCCGACAUCAGUGACGAGCACGUUUCUGUGCUGCUGGACAUCCGUGGUGAUGUCUCCAGGGACACCAGAGGGACAGUACUGGACCUGCUGGAGCAGAGCGCCCCCCCUCUGCCAGCAGGAUACCGGCCUAUCUUCACAGAUAUCCUGGUGCCACCCUCCACCAUGGCCUUCUGUCUGCCUACUGCCAAGUGCGCAUGAUCACAGAGACUGAGUAUGUGGCCCUUAGAGUCAAAUCAGAGUUGGUUCUCUAACAGAUCACCAUCCAGAUCCUGUUAGCUCACCAUUACAUUGAAAACACGCAGGACUAAGCUUGGUCUAGAUCUAGCUGUUCCUGCUGAGGUUCAAAUUAAGAUGAUGGGUGGUCAUGCUUUUUUAUCCAGAGAAAAUCAACACAGUAUCGUGUUUUUUCUCAGAAGCUUAAGGUUAGAGUUAGAGAGUUAGAGGAUUAGGGUUAGGGUUACAGUCACAGUUCAGCAGAGGUCUGAGCUGGUGACUCGCUGGUCUGACAUCAGCUGAUAUUCAGCUGGAAAGUAAAAUUUUGAAUCUAUGAGCUGCUGUGGCGCCUUAGGUCAUCAGAGUUGGUUUAAUGCCCCGUAAUAUUGAAGGUAAAACAUCUUAUGAGUUUGUCACAUGCUGUCAUGUGUCUCAGCAAUUUCUGCUACAGAUUUAACUUUGACAUU